AUUCCAAAUCUUCAUUUUGAUGUGAGCCACAAGCACCACCACUUCGUGGCCACCUCUUAUAGCAACAAUGUUAGUAUUACCCAUACGCCUCAUGUUUUGUUAUGUAAUGACACUCCCUAACACACCCAAAUAUUGUUUCUUUUAUCUUUUUUUCCCCUUUCCUUUGCUUUCUGCAACUUUUUAACCAGCAUGGCCAAGCUCACGCUGAGACCAGACAAUUCCUGCUUCAUUUCACAUACUCACAGAGCAUACUCACACACCCCUUUUAUCAGAACGACAUCGUUUCCACGUUUUCACUUGCACCCCUCACCUUCCAGCUACAGCUUAAGGCUCCGAAUAGUUUCUAGCGCUCAACAAAAUGCCAAAGAAACCCACAGAGUGGCCAAGGCCAAAGCUCUCACGGAGCUUCAAGUGGAAGAGGUGGAGAAGAAGCAUGAAAACUUGUCCGGGACCUGGCCACCUUGGAAGAAUCUUCCCCAAAGAUACAAGCUCAUUGGCACCACAUCUCUCGCCUUCGUUAUUUGUAACAUGGAUAAGGUGAACUUGAGUGUUGCCAUAAUUCCAAUGUCUCAUCAAUUUGGGUGGAACUCGACAACGGCUGGAUUGGUUCAGUCCUCCUUCUUCUGGGGCUAUGCAUUGAGUCAAUUGCCUGGGGGUUGGCUAGCCAAAAUAUUUGGUGGCCGGACUGUUCUUGAGGUUGGGGUACUGAUAUGGUCAGUGGCUACCGCUCUUGUUCCUUUUCUUGCUGGAUUUAUGCCUAGCUUACUUUUGUCAAGGGUUUUGGUUGGGAUAGGCGAAGGUGUUUCACCCUCUGCAGCUACGGAUCUUAUUGCCAGGUCAAUACCAUUGGAAGAACGUUCACGGGCAGUAGGAUUUGUUUUUGGAGGUUUGAGUGUUGGAAGUGUUAUGGGGCUUCUUUUGGCUCCUCCUCUUAUCCAAAAUCUUGGUUGGGAAUCAGUAUUUUAUUUAUUUGGUCUUUUGGGGAUUGCUUGGUUUUUGGGGUUUCAAGUUCUUGAAGGAGGUGAAAAACAAUUAAAUCCAAAAUCUCUUUCAUCCCCAGACACCCUGACAAACUCAUGGAAAACUUCUCUGACCGAAUUGAAUGGCUCUUUGAAGGAUGUACCUUGGAAGGCCUUUUUCCAAAAUCGUGCUGUGUGGGCUAUGAUAUAUGCUCAUUUCUGUGGUAGUUGGGGUCACUAUAAUUGUCUAUCAUGGCUUCCCACAUUUUUUAGUGAGGAGCUGAAUCUAAAUCUGACUGAAGCUGCAUGGGUGUCUAUACUUCCUCCAUUGGCUUCAAUAUUUGUGACUGGUCUUGCAGCACAAUUAGCUGACAACUUGAUUUCAAGAGGAGUUGAAACCACUGUGGUUCGAAAGAUCUGCCAGUCUAUUGCAUUUUUGUCCCCUGCAAUCUGCAUGACUCUUUCCUCACUGGAUCUAGGGUUACCACCUUGGGAGAUUGUGGGAAUUCUCACAGCUGGUUUGGCCCUCUCAAGCUUUGCCUUAUCAGGGCUUUAUUGUACUCACCAAGACAUGUCACCCGAAUAUGCAAGUAUACUUCUGGGUAUAACCAAUACUGUUGGGGCUGUUCCUGGAAUUGUGGGUGUAGCACUCACUGGUUAUCUUCUUGACUUAACUCAUUCAUGGAGCAUUUCACUAUUUGCACCAUCAAUCUUCUUCUAUGUGACUGGUACCAUGGUAUGGUUGGUGUUCGCCAGCAGUAAGCCUCAAAGUUUUUCUGAGCAUAACUGAUUCAUGUUCCAGUCAUUCACUAUGUAUGAGAAGUGGAUUUUUGACACAGGGGGGUGUAUCCUUUGAUAUUUACAAAUCAGAUAAUUUAAGUACAAAGAAAUGAUUGUAUAGGUAUAUGUAUGUAUGUAUUCUUAUUUUUCAAUUGUAGGAUAUUAUAGAAUUUUUGUAUAUUUUUCACAGAUGAUGUUAUGGUGGUUGGUCACCAAAAAAUGUACUGACAACUUAAAUCCUUGAAAGUCAAGAAUCAGUUUCCUCUACCAA